AACACAAAAUAGAGCACCGAAGUCGCUUCAGAGGUGCUAUUCAGUUUCCGGACCGUCAACCAGUAUGUCUACCGCGGUGUGCCAUGCCAUGCACAAUGGGGUUAUCGAGAACAACUCCGCCGACGUAGCUUGCGGCGUCACCAAUUCCACGCAUCCCUACGUGACCUGCUGCGUCAACGGCGACUAUUGCAUGAGCAACUCGAUCUGUCUGAACCCCAACACCGAACAAGGCGACUAUUACUACGCCGCAGACUGCACAGAUGACACCAUGGAGGAUGCCGCCUGCGGGACGCGAUGUGGAGGUCGAAAUAACGCGGAGAUCAUCUACACGUCAAAAGGAUUCUGGGCCUGUUGCGAAAACGAUGCGGGGACCGUGAACUGUUCGGAUCCCUCGAAGGAGGAAUGGCCUGCUCCGGCUCCAUCGAAACUUGCGACUAUCCAAUAUCUUCCCCCGACAGCCUCGGGCACGCCCACUUAUGCGGUCGCAACGUCCACCACAUCUUCUACCUCCACCUCCACAACCACCACCACAACCACCUCCGCGACGUCAACCGCGACUUCUACAGCUUCGUCUUCGAGCAGCUCCUCCGGAAUCGGGGCUGGCACUGCGGCCGGAAUCGGAGUCGGUUCUGCCGCUGCGGUCUGCUUGAUUGCUGCUGCGUUGGCUCUUUGGUUCUUCCGCAAGCGCAAUGCUGCUCAGGAUGCGCUUGUGGCCGGAGGACCACCGUACAAUAGUCUCGGGGAUGGAGCGUGGCCCCAAAAGUCCGAAGUACUUGCGCAGCCUGUAUAUGAGCUAGAUCGGUCGGAGCAGCACACCGAGCUGGAGGGGGAGCCGAGGAGCAUGUAG